AUGAACGAUUCGUCGUCUCUCGAUCAUUUGUUUCCCGCCAACGGCUAUGACCACUACCAGAACUACCAACACUAUGGGUACUACCAGCAGCGACAGGACGGCAGCGGGACGGCGUCGCCCGCGCCCGGCCCCUCGUCGUCGCACUUCUUAGAUCAGCAGCAUCAGCAGCAGCAGGCGCAGGUGCAGCAGGCCCAGCACGAGCAGCAGCAGCACCAACACCAGCAGAUGCCCCCGCCGCCGCCGUCGCAACAGGGGCCAUCACAGCCCGGCCCGCCGCCGCCGCCGCUCGACGAGGAGCCGCUGUACGUGAACGCGAAGCAGUACUACCGCAUCCUCAAGCGCCGCGUCGCCCGCGCGCGCCUCGAGGAAGUACACAGACUGUCGCGCUCCCGCAAGCCGUACCUGCACGAGUCGCGCCAUAAACAUGCCAUGCGCCGCCCGCGCGGGCCCGGCGGGCGGUUCCUCACUGCCGAGGAGAUCGCCGCGCAGAAGGCCGCGCAGGAUGCGCUGGGCGGGGAGGGCGAGGGCGAGGGCGCGCAUGAGGACGACGAGGACUCGCCGAUGAACGUCGAGUCGCCCGCGUCGUUCGAGCCCGCGCCGGAACCCGGCCCGUCGUCCUUCCCCCAGCAGCAGCAGGCUCAAGCUGGGCCGUCUGGUCAGCAGCAGCAGCAGCAGUAUAUGCCACCGCAGCGUCCCACGAUGAGUCGCACGCCCAGUACGAGCACCCAGGGCGAUUACGGCGCGACGUCUCCGCCCCCUUCGAUGCAGUUCAACCCAUUCGACUAUGCGAUGGAUAUGGGUUAUACGCCUACGCCGCCCCCGCCAUCUCAGCAGCAACAACAGGCUCAACAGCGAGCAGCAGCGCAUAUGCAUUCGCACGCAGGACACGCCCACGCGGGACACGCCCACGCCGGCCACUCGCACGGCAGCCCCCCAUCCGGAGCCGGAAGUCAAAAUAACGCGCACACUGCCGCGUCGCCCGCGUUCUCCACUACCAGCUCCGGCACGAGCGCCAGCGGGGGCAUGCACCAUCACGCGCACCCGCGCCCGCACCACCAGGUGUUUAUACCGCCCGCGUCGGCCGCGUCGAGCACGAUGGGCAGCCCGAGCCCGGCGCCGGGCGUGUUGCGGAACCCGUUUAGCGCGAUGCAGAUGCAUCAUGUUCCGCACCCGCAUGCGCAUGCGCGGCAUCAUAUUAGUAGGAUGAAUAGGGAGGAGGGGCUCUACGGGAAUUAA